UACGUAUCCCUAGUAAUAGCAAAACAGCCGUCGACGAAGCGAGGUGGGAUAGCGCUUGAUGAUAAUACGAUUUACGGGAAAAUAAAACAGAAAUUAAUGUUGCAUACAGCAACGCGGACGGACGGUGUGCGUGAUUUUCUUUAAUGUGUUGACAAGUAAUUGAGGCGUUUAGUGAGAAAAUAAAUUCACAAAAAAGAAUCAAACAACCAGAAAAAUAAUUACACAUUUGUCGGAAAAAGUCAUUGUUCCCCCAAUAGCUGUUUGUUGUUGUUGCUGUUGUUUUGUGAAAAUUCAAGGAAAAAUUGUGAAAAACAAGCAUGAAAUUAAUUAUAGAAGAAAGUGUCAAGAAUUUUUAUUAAAAAAGGAAAAAAACCGAAAUAAGAAAAGUUUUGUCAAAUCGAAUGUUAAAAAAGAAUAACCAGGAAGUCUAAAUGCUGUAUCUCAAUCAACCAAAAUCAUUAUUAGUGUUAUUCUGACAGAAUUGUAUUUGUCCAGUGCUUGUGGUGCUAAUUAAAGGAAAAUAAUGCCAUGAAAAGUCAAUAAAGAAAAUAACUGCAUAGUUGCAACAAAAAAAGUGAAAAUCAAUGAAAAAAGUUUCAUCAUUUCACGAGGAAAAAAACCAGAAGUGCUUGCCUGACAACCAAACAGGCUUUACAAUUACAUGCUAAAAAAGCCGGCCAGACACCAGACAGGAAAACAGUUGCAUCUUUGCCAGUGAAAAUAAAGUUUCCCACAAGAUAUUGGCAAACGGUUUUGGGGCAAGUUUGAAAACCAGUUGUUGCCUUUGGCCUAUAAUUGUGCAAGUGUUCGUUGCUGGUUAUGUGGUGUUGCAUUGUCGUUAUGGUGGCAACAACAGUAGCUGACAGUCGGCCUACAACUCGGUUUUAAAUCAUUGUUAAUAAAAUUCUAAAGGUCUCAGUUUGUCCAAAACCAAAAAACAACAACGGCAGCAGCAAAUUAAUCACCACAAAAAAAGUUCAAUUGCAAAAUUACGCUGUUGUUUUACUAAACAAGCAACAGCAAAGCAGCUGGCUUUUGUUGUCUUCCGUGCAUCCCCCCAUUCACACACAAACAACUUGCCCACUGUUUUUGUACAAACACAAGUAAAACAAAACAAAUAUCCAAGUCGGUAAACAAACGAAACGAAACGAAAAAAACUCAAACCAGUUUUGUGAGUCUGUUCUCCCCACUAUUGAAGACGACCUCACAAAUAUCAGCUGCUGCUCUUUUUAUUUGGUCACAUUUGCAUUGUUGUUGCUGGUUUUGCCCCAAUUGACAGCUGUUACAGCUUCCCACAAACGACGCAGCAGCAGCAGCAGUGCCACCACCACAAUUAAGGUUUUGUUUUUUACAUUUUAAAAUAGUCACUGCACCACCACCAUGUCUUCUGCUAGUCAUCUAGACAGUGUCUCAGACACCGAAUGGUUAGAAGAUCUCCUCAAAGAAGUUCAACUGGAACAGUUCCUAGAACGGAUACGAGAUGAUUUGCAAGUAUCAAGACUGGCACAUUUCGAUUAUGUCCAAGCGGAGGAUUUGGAACGUUGCGGUUUGGGUAAACCGGCCAUUAGACGUCUCAUGGAGGCAGUGCGUAAGAAAAAAGCCCAACAAUGGCGUAAAAAUAUUCUAUCCAAGCUAAUUGGUGGCGGUAAACAGCCAUCGUCGAAAAAGUCUUCGAAUACCAAUAACAAAGAACAACAAAAUACUCAACUCACCUGUCUGAUACAUGAAAAGGACAUAACGCUGCACCAAAAACUGGGUGAUGGAUCAUUUGGAGUGGUGCGUAAGGGCGAGUGGCUAACAGCUCCCAAUGGCAAAACCUUGCCGGUGGCAGUUAAGGUCCUAAAGGCCGACAAUCUAACCCAGCCAGGCAUCAUCGAGGAUUUCUUUCGAGAGGUCCAGGCCAUGCAUGCCCUGGAUCAUUCAAAUUUGGUGCGUUUGUAUGGUGUGGUGCUAUCCCAACCCAUGAUGAUGAUAACAGAAUUGGCCGAGAGAGGCUCCCUAUUGGAUACGCUGCGUAAACAACUCAAACACACACCCCUUACCACAAUAUGGAAUUGGUCGGUACAAAUUGCCACUGGCAUGGCCUAUUUGGAGCAGAAACGUUUUCUGCAUCGCGAUUUGGCAUGUCGCAAUGUGCUCUUGGCCUCAGGAAAUAAAAUUAAAAUUGGUGAUUUCGGGUUAAUGCGUGCCCUACCCCAAGAGGAUGAUUGCUACGUUAUGUCGGAGCAUAAAAAAGUUCCUUUUCCUUGGUGUGCCCCAGAAUCUUUACGGUUUCGACAAUUCUCCCAUGCCUCAGAUACCUGGAUGUUUGGUGUUACGCUCUGGGAAAUGUUUACAUUUGGUGAAGAUCCAUGGGUGGGCCUGAAUGGUUCACAGAUUCUACGUAAAAUUGACCGGGAAGGUGAACGGCUACAUCAUCCCGAUGCCUGUCCACCAGAUGUCUAUGAAUUGAUGUUGCAAUGUUGGGAUAAGACACCAGCGGAAAGACCCACCUUUGCAGCCAUCAAAGAAUUUUUGGUUGGUGUCUCACCCCAGGUGGUUAAGGCUGCCAAGGCCUUUAACGAAUCGAAUCGUUUGGCCAUUGAGGCCGGCGAUAGCAUUGCCAUUAUUGAUGGCCGACCCGAAUUGAAACUGAUCAAAGGACAAAACCAAAGAACAUUUGAUAUUGGCAUAUUCCCGCGUCAUAUUCUAGAGAAAAGCAAACCCACUAACAGCGAUCUCAUACGCCACAACCACGAAAGUCUUCGGGCCACUGGCCACUCAGGUUCACCGUUUGGUUUUUGUUGGGGUGGUGCUGGCACUAUGGCCACCAGUGCAAGUGAUAUGCAUGCAGAAAGGGCUCGCAAGACCAACUCGUUGCAGGCUCAUUCCAUGCAACAACUCCAUCAUGCCAAAGAACGAAAGUCAGUGGUGAAUAAACAGUUCUCCUAUAAUAAAUUGGUUAAUGAAAGGGCUGCGGAAAUGCAACGCUAUCAACAGCAGCAGCAGAAAGGUGGCAAUAAGAAAAAGGGUCCACAAAGGCCUCCACCACCCCAGCAACAACAACAGCAGCAGCAACAGGAAGGUUUACUCAUUGAUAUUUCCCCUGAAUUUGGUGGUGUCGGGCCACCGCAACAGGGUCCCCUAUUGCAUUUGGGUGAAAGUGCCUCAAUGCAUGUCGACAGUUCAUUUUGUAUACUCGAUGCACCCAUUGAUGUUCCUACCGAGGGAGAGGGUGAAUUUUUGGAUAAUGACAACACAUCUGUAAUGCCUCACACACCCACAAUGCCGUCGCAAAUGCAAACGCAAACACAAUUUGAAUUUGCUGGUGCUUCCCCAUCGCGUUUGCAACCGCCACCCUAUCAAAUGCCACCCACCUACUCAAAUACAUUGGAAUUUUGCCAGCAGCAACAGCAACGUGGAAAUGAUCCAUUUGACACAAGUAAAAUCAAUGUAAAUGGCAGUCCGACACAACAGGUAGCUGGAGGAGGAACGACAAAUGAUGAUAUUAAUGCUUUAUACUCGAAUGUAAUGAAAAUGCAGCAGCCAGCGCAACAGGAUACGCCGUUGAGAAAAACUUCCCUGCAAAAUUCCAAUUCAAAUUACAACAGUCCAGCUGCACGAAAAAGCCUCUUCGGUGGUGGUGGUGUAUCCAAUGCCACAACAGCUUCCAAUAUUUCCAUUACAGGCAACAAAGAAAAUAUACCACAACUAACAAACGACUCAGCGACACAACAAAAUCUUCCAAGUCUAAGACAAUAUGAGGCGCUGCAGUCACAGCAAGCCACGGCAAUUUCCGCCGCAGAAGAUUCAGCUCUUCAGAAAAACCUAAGCACCCUUUCACUGGAAAAACAAACCACAAUCCAAACUACGGUCAACGAUGCACAAGUGGUUUUGGAUAAAAAUUUCAUUGCCGAACUGGAAAAGGAUAUGUAUUCGAAUAAGGGUCACAAUGAUUUUGAACGCAACACAACCCAAAUGUAUUCCAACAAGGAAGCCGUCUAUGCCAAUAAACAAAAUUUAACACCACUUAAAAAUUCCUCCAACUCCCUGUCGAAUAACUCAAGUCCCUCUUCGAAUAAUGGUGCUUCACCGAAAAUGCACAAUGCCGAGCGCCAAAGUCAAUAUGCUGCCAGUUCAUUUUAUGCCAGCAAUCAGGACUUGCAAAAACAAAAUAAUUUAGAUAAUGCCUCGGCUGCAUCCAAUGUAUCCAACACUCAAAGUGUUGUUAAUCGUAUCUGGUAUGAACGGGUUGCCAAUCCCUCAGAGUAUUAUGCCCAACCCACAGCCGAAAAUAUUUACUCCAAUCAGGGAAUUUAUCAAGCCACUCCUGCCGCUGCCACAACCAACCCCACAGAUGCCAAUCAUAGUUUUGUGGCAAUUUCUAAUCGUGUUGUCCCGCCCAAAAACGCAAAUCAAGUCUACGCCUCAUCUGCAUCAAUUUAUGGUAGUGUAACGGGUCCAGGUGUUUACGAUACCGUCGCUCCCACACCCUCAACUUAUUAUGGACAGGUGCCACUCAGCCAUAUGGGGGCGAAUGGACAAAUCUAUGCCAAUGGCAGUGGCCAACCGGCAAUUUAUGAUGAAGUUGCUGGUGAUGAUUACCUUAGACCUCAUCGACCUGCCCCACUGGCUCCACCCCAGCUAUCGGCCCAACAAAUUCAACGUCGUUUGGAAAAGCUGAAGCGCCAACAAGAAGCCCAAAUGGAAGGUAGCACUAAUUUAUAUGCCCCAAUACCAUCCGAAUUCGAGAGGGAACAACAAAAACUGCAGCAAAUGAUGCAGGAUCUUGGUCCAAAUGCUCAGGAAAUCGAUGUGCGCAAUGCAUUGCGUGCCGCCAGUGGUGAUACAACAUUGGCCAUUCGCCACUACAAAAUCGAUCAGUUGUCAAGAUUGGGCCUUGCGAAUCGUUCACUUUGCGAGCAGGCAUUACAAAAAACUGGUUGGAGUUUGGAAUUGGCAGCAGCUGUUUUAUUGGAAUCCACCACGUAAAUUGUCAUAGUCUUAAACCUUGAUGCAUCCAAAAUAAAAUAUGGUCACCGACACAAGCAUACACAUCAUACCAUUCCACUGUCCCUAUAUGAGAAAGAAAAGUAUUAAGUUAAAUUAAAAUGAAAAGAAUUUAAAACUUCCCCCCACUAAUUUUGUGAUCGAACAGUACAAUACGAUUUAUCAACAAAGGAGAUAUAUAUGAAAUACUGAUUACUAAAAAAAGAUACUUUAGUUACUAGAAGAAGAAUUUUCAGUUAUUGUGUUGUAAAUGAUUCAACCGUCCCAGCUGUAGAUAGAAAAAAAUAAUUAUGUAUUUGUUUUGUACCAAAUGUGAACAAUAACAUAUAUUAUAUUCAUCCCGAAAUGUAUGUCAUCCUUUGCCAUCAAUGCCUGAACAUUGUCUCCCCAUAGAAACAAAAUCGAUACUAUAUUUUAGUCUAUUAUUUGAAUGCUUGCUUUUAAUCACUGUAAAUAUAAGUAUUUUAUAUUAUAAAAAUUUAAUUUUAAAUUUUGCACUUCAUCACAAAACAAGACAAACAAACCAGUUAUGGCCCCUUAAAGUAGUGGUAGAUAUUCUUUGCAAACCGAAACUAUCUUUAUUUGGCCUUUAGUUUUAAGUUUGUUUUUCUAUUGAAUUACAAAUUAUAUUUUGUACGUUUAUUCUUUUUGUUAGUUUUUAAUUUAAAUCACAUUAAAAUUUUAUGCUUAUUUUCUUAAUUUUAUGAAUUUUGCCCAUCAAUCCCCCCACUCCCUUUGCAUUUCUUUUAUUGCCUGUAAUGCAAAUUUAUCGAAUAGCAUCAAUCUAUGUAAUAUAAAUGAGAUUUAGUAAUUAGAUGAGAUAAUUUUGUAAGGUAUUGUAAUCUGCUAAUAGAUAUUUCGUAAAUAUAUAAAAAUAAAUGUUUAUAUAUAUAUAUAUGACAACAAAUUGAUAUUAUCCCGAAGUGUAACAACAAAACAACCUACUAUAUAACCCUGUAUGUACUACUCUGUUGUUAUUAACUGCUGAAAAUUUGUUAUGCCACAACACAACACAACCCAAAACACAACAUGAAUGUUAAACAAAUGCUAACUAAUGAUCAAAUUAUAUGUGAACAAUAACAACAUUUUGAAAAUAAAACAAUAUUAUGUUUAAAAAGAAA